AUGGACGACCACCACGACUUCCAAUGGUACCUGUGUCCCGUGGCGAUCCGGUUCAAUGGCGACGUGCCGGUGGGGCUAUCGGGAGCUCGCCUCACGCUUAGCCACCCGGAAACGGCAGUGGUGGCGUGUGACUAUAUCGUGCUGAUUAGCCACGUUGACGAUACCGCUUACGAUGGCUGUGUGGUGACUCUGACCAGGCAAUACGGCACGCUGGCGGUGGAAUGGUUCCCAGCGCUGGUGGUAGCUCGAGUGCCGUUGACUGACGAUGUACGCCUUAAGGGGUUUUUGGACUUUUUCCGUCAACACGGUUUUUACCUAAAUCCCAGUCAGACGGUUAGUGAAAGCGAUGACGAGCUUAAAGUGGUGGUGAUCAAGACCAAAUCGCCUCGGUUAAUGCUUAAUUUAACUGGGAACGCUACUCCAAAGCCGAUUCGGUUCGCCAUGGAUGCUCACGUCGGUGAUGGCAUCAGUAUCCGUUCGUUCCCAUUUAACUUUACCAAUGCGGUACUCUUCGGUGAUUUCUUAUCUAAAGGUCAUUUAAGCUUUGUGGUGGGACUGAGGUCGGUGUCUACCGGUAAGCCACGCUUUCCCGUGGGGUAUUUAACUGAUGUCAAAUACCUUGAAAAUAUGAGUGGUGCUCUAGUCUCCGCUACCGGUAACCCUGAACUUUCUCACGGAUUAGUCAUGGGCCAGUUGUGUAAGGCUAACGGCGACGGCGACUUGCUUUGGGUGGUACUGUGGCCCACCAUCUGGCGAGUACUCUCACGGCUCCAAGGCCAACUCCAUUUACCAAGAAACUUCCCUACGGAAAAACUGACCAUUCCUCCGUUACCGUAUCCACGUCUGGUGUUUGCAUUAAUGGUUACUGAUGGCGCUACCCGGUGGGGGCUGUGUGUACUUUGGCAGGAAGGAGUACUCGUUACCAACCAACACGUGAUCAAAGACUAUGCCUUAAACCGUCGCAUUGAAGCUAAAGUGGCGUUGAUACCAUCACAUCAAUUUAUUCGCCUUGACGAUGACGAUGAAAUCAUUACUCCUGACCCUGAACUAGACCUCCUGUUUAUCAUCCUCAGUCCUCGAAACCGAGCCAUCGUCGCUCCCUGGACUCCCAUUACAACCAGCACUACUGAAACCACUCGGGGUCAACCGGUAUACUCGCUUCUGUUUGGCCUAGUAUACUCUACCCAUCAAACGGCACCUUUAGUCAGCCAGGGCAUCGUCAAUACCGUGUAUACCAUUGACGAUAUCGAUGCGAUGAUGGUCACCAGUGCUCGCUGCUGGAACGGGCUGUCAGGAGGUGGUUUGUUCUCCGCUGACCAUGAGUUUAUCGGGCUUAUCAGCUCCAACGCCGAGGUGCGGGCACCGGUGUGGGUGGGGCAGCCCGCACACGAACGCCUCCAUAAGCUUCCCGAGCUUUCGAUCGCGUUGCCGGUGGGGUUAAUUGAAUAUUGCUGGCGCCAUCGCGUUCAACCGAGGGUGCCAUCGCUGGUCCAUCGACUCUGGCAAUUGCUCCCAUCGCAUCAAGACGUGGUCGUGGCCUCCCCAAAGUUGUGA